AUGUCGUUUCUGGAGAAAAAAAUCAGGGGGAUCUAUGAUAGACACGGAGAAUUCAGGGUUUAUCUGAUUGCCUUUGUGCUCUCGAUACUUGGAUGUCUGUCACUGGGGAUCUUAACCUUGUUUUCUAUCUUUGCAGAUCCGCUCCAAAAGCUCUUAGACUACCCACAAUCCACAAUAAACAAGAUCAUCGUCAUCCAUGUUUUAGGAUUGAACAUUUCCACUCCCCUAAGUGGGUUCAUUGCAGAUGCUAAAGGGAUUUGGAUCCUACCACUUUUCUCAUUUUCCGGUUACACAUUUUCAUUCACUCUGUUGAAGUAUAUCAUAAAACACAACCUCCACGAGUAUUACACAUAUCUCUGCUUUUUCAUUCUGGGCUGUUCUCACGUCUCCUUUUUAUUUUCUUGUCUAUUGAAUUCGGCAAGGAGUUUGGGCAGAUACUACAGAACACUCGCAAUAAGCACUCCGAAUUUGAUGAUUUCAAUAUCUUCCUACAUACAGAUCCAAAUAAUAACGAUCUUCUAUAGUCCCAACUAUACCUCGUUGCAAGAGUACGAGACUAACUUUAUGAACUUGCUCAAUUUCUUUAUGAUUCUAUUGACGUCGUCCACGAUAUUGUCUCUUGUUGGAUCCUUAUUGACAGAUUUGGCAAACAAGUACCAAACCGUUACGGAGGAAUCUCCAGAGGCAGAUAUUGACGAUUUCGAGAGUUUUAAUACUUCCCCACUAUUGACAGGCGCCGCCACAGUGCUGCACUCACCAGGACCAUCGAUCAUUGGAUCACCAAUGCCAUGGUACGUUGAUGAGGAAGGCAUUGCUAAUUUAGACACAGGGAUGUCAAUGAUUUCAUCGGGAUACCUCUCCUUAGCGGAGAAUGAUACACCAUACCAGGUGAAGGUGAACAAAUUUGCCAAGGAUUUCAUGAUGUAUCCACUCUUACUCUGCUGUCUUGUAGCUAUUGGAUCAACAGAAUUCUUUAUUGCCAACCUGAAUGCCAUAUUGAACAACCUGGAUGCACCAGGCAAACUAGAUUCGAGCUUGGAGACCAUGUCAAUAGCAUCCACGCUUACUAGGUUUAUCAUUAUGUUGUCAACAGACUACGUUUGCUCAAGGUUCAAAAUCUCCAGAUUGACCAUUUUUACACUGUGUGUGAUGUCAUGUGGAGCAUCGCACAUUUAUUUGUCAAGCUCUCCCAUUGCAUCUCUCAACUUCCCCCUUGUGGUUGUAUCGAAUUCCAUUCUUAAUUCAACAGUCUUCACCUUAUUCCCAGCAAUUCUAGCAAGUAUUUACGGUAUUGAAAUCCUUGGAACUACGUGGGGUGUGUGUUCCGGGUCCAGCUUUUUCGGAAAUAUGAUCCUUAACUUCCUCUACUCCUUCGAUUUUCAGGAAAACUGCGUCAGAGGUCUCCAAGAGAAGAUGAUGAUCUGCUCUACGAUGACCUUCUUCAGUAGCGGCCUUGCUUUACUGACGUUUGGUGGAAUUGUCUUCUCUGUCAGAAACAGAUACAUAGCCCGUGCCAGCGCCUUUUUUUGA